AGCGCCAGCGAGAGAGUCGCCCUCACACCAAGAUGGCGGAGCGGGGAGGCCAGGAGGAGUGGCGGCUGCAGGAGCAGCAACAGCAGCAGCAACAAGAGCGAGGUCCGGGCCAGCGGUGGUGUUAGAGCGGUCGGGCGCCGACACGACAGGGGCGGGGGGAAAAGCGAGCAGUGUUCUUCGCCGCCCCUUUUUUUUCACUGCAGCGUCAGUCUUAACCGGCGGGAGACCGUGGAGGGGGGGGAGGAAGGGGAGUGAGCCGGACGCUCAGCCGCCGCCGCAGGAGGAGGAGGAGGAGGAGGCUCGAGGGCGGGGAGGGAACCCCGACCACCAACACGUACAUCUCCCUCCUUCCCUCCCACCUUGGAGACCUGUCCGCACGCCGGCCCCUGGGAAAGGAGCGAAACAUAAAAAGAAAAGCCCAGGCUGGAAGGCAACCCGCUUUCGUAUGAAUUCCGCCAAGGCCAGCUCGGAGUGUGCGCCACCAGAGGCGAACGCAAGGUCGUAAACACGGUAGAGUUGCCACAAUUAGUUGGACUAGGGAGUUCUGAUCACAUACGUUUGCACAGACAAGACCAGAAUACCUCAGAUCGGCUCUCCAGAUGGUGAAGUUAUUGCACAGGGAGAACCUCUAGCAAAAAACCACACAGCAAGCCGAAUGAAGCGAGCAGCUGCAAAGCAUCUAAUAGAACGCUACUACCACCAGUUAACUGAGGGCUGUGGAAAUGAGGCCUGCACGAAUGAAUUUUGUGCUUCCUGUUCAAGUUUCCUUCGUAUGGAUAACAAUGCAGCGGCCAUAAAGGCCCUUGAGCUUUUUAAGAUUAAUGCAAAACUCUGUGAUCCUCAUCCUUCCAAGAAAGGAACCAGCACUGCCUAUGUGGAAAACAGCACGAAGAGCUCCCACAGUAUCAUUUGUUGUUCAGAAACAAAAGUGAAUAAGCAAGAGAUGCAGGCCCAAAGAGAAGAUUUUAAAGAUGUGAACUAUCUAACUGAGGAAAAGGUAUAUGAAAUCCUGGAUUUGUGUGGAGAGCGAGAAGACUAUUCACCAUUGAUACGUGUUAUUGGUAGAGUUUUCUCUAGUGCAGAUGCUUUGGUGCAGAGCUUCCGAAAGGCCAAACAGCAUACUAAGGAAGAGCUGAAAUCCCUUCAAGGAAAGGAUGAGGAUAAAGAUGAAGAUGAGGAAGAAAAAGCUGCUUCUGCAGGGUCCAUGGAUGAUGCAGAGGCAUCUUCAUCAAGGAGUUCUUUUGGGAGCUCACAGACAAGAGACAACAAUGUUCAUAAAUUAGGACCUGAUGAAAUAUCUAUUGAUGUUGAUGCAGUCAGACGGGUCUAUAAUAAAUUGCUUUCCAAUGAGAAGGUAGAAACAGCUUUUCUUAAUGCAUUAGUGUACUUGUCACCAAACGUGGAAUGUGAUUUGACUUAUCAUAAUGUUUAUUCGAGGGAUCCAAACUAUCUAAACUUAUUCAUUAUAGUCAUGGAGAACAGCAACCUUCAUAGCCCUGAAUAUUUGGAAAUGGCUCUUCCACUGUUUUGCAAAGCAAUGAGCAAGUUACCCCUCCCAGCUCAAGCCAAAUUGAUUCGACUAUGGUCAAAGUACACUGCUGACCAAAUUCGUCGAAUGGUGGAAACCUUUCAGCAGCUCAUUACAUACAGGGUCAUAAGUAAUGAAUUCAAUAGUCGAAAUCUGGUAAAUGAUGACGAUGCUGUUGUUGCUGCUACAAAAUGCUUAAAAAUAGUGCACUAUGCAAACAUUAUUGCAGGCGAUGUGGACACGGGGCACAAUGAGGAGGAGGAAGAUGAGCCAGUUGCAGAAUCCAGUGAAAUUACUUUACAAGAACUACUGGGUGAAGAACGGAGAAAUAAAAAAGGACCCCGGGUGGAUCCCCUUGAAGUAGAGUUGGGAGUGAAAACAAUUGAUUGCCGAAAGCCACUUGUCUCUUUUGAAGAAUUUAUUAAUGAACCACUAAAUGAUGUACUAGAAAUGGAUAAAGACUAUACUUUCUUCAAAGUUGAGACAGAAAAUAAAUUUUCCUUUAUGACUUGCCCCUUCAUUCUGAAUGCUGUAACCAAGAACCUGGGACUUUACUAUGACAACAGGAUACGCAUGUACAGUGAACGCCGAAUCACUGUCCUCUACAGCCUCGUACAGGGGCAACAGCUGAACCCUUAUCUUAGACUUAAAGUCAGACGUGACCACAUCAUUGAUGAUGCACUUGUUCGGCUGGAAAUGAUUGCCAUGGAAAAUCCCGCAGACCUGAAGAAACAGCUGUAUGUGGAGUUUGAAGGUGAACAAGGUGUGGACGAAGGAGGUGUAUCCAAAGAGUUUUUUCAGCUUGUUGUGGAAGAAAUCUUCAACCCUGAUAUUGGAAUGUUCACAUAUGACGAAUCUACAAAAUUGUUCUGGUUCAACACUUCCUCAUUUGAAACUGAGGGACAGUUUACUCUAAUUGGCAUAGUUCUUGGCCUAGCCAUUUACAACAACUGUAUACUGGAUGUGCAUUUUCCUAUGGUCGUUUACAGAAAGCUGUUGGGCAAAAAGGGAACCUUCCGAGACCUAGAAGACUCUCACCCGGUCCUGCAUCAGAGUUUAAAAGAACUUGUUGAGUACGAUGGCAGCGUAGAGGAUGACAUGAUGAUUACUUUCCAAAUAUCUCAAACUGACUUGUUUGGAACUCCAAUGAUGUGUAACUUGAGGGAGAAUGGGGAUCAGAUUCCAGUGACAAAUGAAAACAGAAAGGAAUUUGUUGACCUUUAUACAGAUUAUAUUCUCAACAAAUCAGUAGAAAAGCAAUUUAGAGCCUUUAGAAGAGGUUUCCAUAUGGUAACCAACGAGUCACCACUAAAGUAUUUAUUCCGACCGGAGGAGAUCGAGCUACUAGUCUGUGGAAGUCCGAACCUAGAUUUUCAAGCACUUGAAGAUACUACAGAGUAUGAUGGUGGAUAUGCCAAGGACUCCCGUAUUAUAAGGGAAUUCUGGGAAAUUGUCCACGCAUUUACAGACGAGCAGAAACGACUCUUCCUGCAGUUUACAACAGGCACAGAUCGAGCACCAGUUGGUGGCCUUGGAAAACUCAAGAUGAUUAUCGCAAAGAACGGACCAGAUUCUGACAGGUUGCCAACAUCUCACACGUGUUUUAAUGUCCUCCUACUUCCUGAGUAUUGCAGCAAGGAAAAGCUCAAUGAGAGACUACUAAAGGCCAUUACCUAUGCCAAAGGAUUUGGCAUGCUGUAAAAGAUAUGAAUGUAAAGCGUGUGAUGAAAAGUAAAAUUAUGGGUGUCAGUGCCCCUUUUUUUUAUAUAAAGGCCAUAUGACAGUCAUCUAUAAUAGUCACCCAUGUCUGUGCCUCUCCUCCAGCAGACACUGGGCUGGAACAGCAGAUUUCAGCAACUUGUACGAACAAAUUUUUUUUGGUUAGUGUGACUUUCAUAUCAUUUGCUUGUAUGUAUAGUAAACUUUUUUUCUGAAUAUUUAUUUUAAAAGUUCAAGAAAAAAAAUUACUCAAUCAUACGUUUGUUACAUUACUGAAAUGAGCCUUUUUUGAAUUUAUAAAGGAAAAUCAAAUUCUCCCAAAUAAUGUUCCUAAGAUCAAUGUAUUUUUAAAAUAUGUUCUAUUAUUUCCUUGUAGCCACUCAGUUCUGGAUGCACUCUUUUUACUUCUUUCAAUCCCUAGUCCCCGCAUUGCUUUGGAACUUAAUUUUUGAAGUGGUUUGGUGCAAGUGCUGCUGUUCUAGUCCCAGAGAGCAAAUUUUUACUUACCUGUAAAUCGAAUAAAAAUGGAAGGGAGAACCUGGAAUGUUAACUGCGUUCUUGAAAUCUUGCUUUAGUUACAGCACAACAAUGCUUUGAAGGUUUUAGAGAGAAAAAAAAAUAAAAGAAAAACUUCACUGUUGGUAGUUCUCUCAAGUCUGGAAAUAUAUUUUCUGUUCAAACUUUUAAACUACCGUGCUGGAUCGCUAACCCACUGGGUUUGACUGUAUUUUUUAAACUUCCGCUGCUUGUUUGAUGUUUUCGGAGAACAAACCCACAUGCAAUGCUCGACACAUUGCCAACGUUAUUGCAAAAUUAGUUGGAAAAAUUACAUGGAAUUAAUAGAUGAAAAUGUCCUUGCAAGAAUUGGAGCAGAAGUUUCAACUUUUGAUUCUCCCAACAAAUUUCCGGAAUUUUCUAACUUUUUUUUUCUCAUGUGCUGUACCUAACUAAACAAUUUACUGGGGCAACACUGUGUUUAAUCCUAUAGGCAUUGCAUUAAUUCUAAAGGAGAAAAGGCUGAUUGCAUUCAAAAUAGUAUAUGAUAUUCAAAGCGUGGGUUGCUGACGAAAUAAGGUUAACAGCACUAUUUAAACAAUUUUUACUCAUUGACAAAUGAACAAAGGAUGUUAACAUGAAUGAUACUAAAUAAAACAGACUAAAACAAUUUCUUUACUGUUUACUGGCACAAUAAAUGACUCAAAUUAGCUACAGUUUAAAAUAUUUGAUAAAGUAUCUUUCUAUAUGUAAAAUAGAAUUAAAAGUUAACAUAGUGUUGAUUGCAAGUAAAUCAUGGUGUAGAAAAGCAAUUAAGAAUUUGGAGGUUAAUUUCCAGUGAAGGAUUGACAGAAACCAUUACUGCCCCCUUACAAUUUAAAAACCUGUUAUUUUAUACUGAAAGAUUUGUUGUACCCUGCACUGAACUUUUAACUUACAUCCCCCACCAUCUUUUUUUCUCCCAUGUUAGAAAUAACUAGACCUCCUUGGAGUUCUCUUCGAUUCUUAAAACACUUCGGAACUGCUAAUACGAGGUGUUUUAUCACUCUGCUCAGGCUUGAUUUGAAAUCUAGGUUUCAGUGAUGUUCAGUCAUAUGGUAGCGAUCUGUGCUAGUAAAAUCUUAAUGGCUUUGUGUGCAUUAGUUUGCUGUCUAAUUUUUUUUUCCCCCUGUGGUGUUUAAUGGAUAAUUCUUGCAAGCAUUUUUUUUAAUGUUGAUCAUAGACUGAACUAUAUUUGCUGAAUUUUUGUUCAUCUGCUUUGAACUUCUCAUAAGGUUAAUAUGUUGCAUUUCUUCUUGCUUUUACACAUAAAUGAACACUUCAUGAAGCAUUCUGGUAAACAAUUGCAACCAAAGUUGAUAAGGUCUGAUUGCAAACUUGAAACUUGCUCAGUCAGACAUUUUUUUGCCGACUAAGGUUAAUGUGGUCUGACUUUUUAUUUUAAGUAUUUUCCACAUAAUCCAAGGAAGCUUAAAGAAAUGCAUGUAAAAAUAAACUAUGCAAGUUACAUCUUUCUGUUGGUCAA